AUGUUUCCUGCCCUGCGUAGAGCUUAUCAGCUUGCACAGCAUCUCUCUUCAUCGAGCGUUCUUUCGAAGCUGUCCAGCUCCAUCAUCUCCAAAAACCUUUUCGCCCCCGCACCACCGCUCGCCGCAACACGCACCAUGGCCACUGGUAACUCGGCAAAGAUCACCGACUGGGUGAACCCAGCCGACAAGUCUGGCGAAUUCAAGCGUCAAGUUUCCUCGUUCCGAAACUGGAUCUCCAGGGAGGCUGGAGCUGAGUUUCCCCCGGAGAAGGGCCGAUACCACCUUUAUGUGUCUUACGCCUGUCCUUGGGCGCACCGAACCCUCAUCACGCGCAAGCUGAAGGGUCUCGAGGAGAUUAUUCCUUACACUUCCGUGCACUGGCACCUUGGAUCAGGUGGUUGGCGAUUCGCAACCGCUGAUGAGAACAUCCCCGGAGACAACACCACCCCGGACCCAUUGCACCCAUCUUUCACCCACCUCCGCGAGAUCUAUUUCGAGAGUGAGCCCGACUACUCAGGUCGCUUUACCGUCCCUGUCCUCUAUGACACAAAGACAAAGCGCAUCGUGAGCAACGAGAGCUCUGAAAUCAUCCGAAUGUUCUACCACGAGUUCGACGACCUCCUCUCAGAAGAAUACAAGAAGGUCGACCCCUUCCCCGCAGCCCUCCAAUCCGAGAUCGACGCCAGCAAUGAAUGGAUCUACAACGACGUCAACAACGGCGUGUACAAGUCCGGUUUCGCAACCACGCAGGAAGCCUACGAGCGUGCCGUCACAACGCUCUUCUCCUCCCUCGACCGGAUCGAAGAACACCUUGCCUCAUCCAACUCGCCAUACUACUUCGGUGACCGCAUCACAGAGGCUGAUAUCAGACUCUUUACGACGAUUGUCCGAUUUGACCCGGUCUAUGUGCAGCACUUUAAGACGAAUAUUCGCGAUAUCCGCUCCGGGUACCCGGCUAUUCAUGCGUGGUUGAGGAAGCUCUACUGGGAUAUCCCGGCGUUCCGGGAGACGACGCAGUUUGAGCAUAUCAAGUUCCAUUAUACCAAGAGUCAUACGCAGAUCAACCAGUUUGCGAUCACGCCUGUUGGGCCGUUGCCAGAUAUUCUUCCGAAGGAUGAGGAGGUUCGGGCCAUCAAGAAAUAA